GGGAGGGGGAAUCUGAUUGGCUGAACCGCACGUCCGUUUUCUCAGCCACUUCCGGUUCUCGGUUAUCACACCGUGGCGAAUCUGGAGCUGCAGAAGGACACCUCGUAAUAUUGACAAACAUUGCAGAAAUGCUGUCAGAGGUGCUCCAGGUAGUGCGGGGUGCCGGCAAAGUCGGCGCUGCAUUCGCUGUCAUGCAGGGGGAGCAGCUGCGGUUGAUCGGCUGUAACUCCACUCUGGGGGCAGGAAUCAAAGCUGCCCAGGAUGCAGUUGUAGCCUGGACGGGCACCGUAAUGAGACAGGACGAGACAUCGAAGUCUGAGGAGUUCCCGGACAUUGAAGGAUGGGAACAGAUGGAUGACCAUGAAGCAGCUAAAUGGGCCGUGGGCUCGGAGCUCGCGCCAGAUAUCACUAGCAAGGAUGAUAUCUACGCUCCAACAGGAGCACCCAAAGGAAAUGGCUGGCCUGGGCAAAGUGCUCGGUUCUUGCACGUCACAGUGCCUCGUAAUCACACGAGGUUCGUUCACGACUCUGUGGUGGCCAGGCUGAGUCCGGAGGACAUCAAAAAGGCUCGGGAGGUUAAACAGAGUACCGCCCGGCCUGUUCGGCAGAAGCUGAAUGAACGAGCCAAAGAAAGGAAGGUUCCUGUGACUCGGCUUAGUCGACUUGCAAAUUUUGGGGGUUUAGCCGUUGGACUGGGUAUUGGCGCCAUCGCUGAGGUGGCGAAGCAGUCGUUCGGAGGCAAAAAACCAGAAACGGGAGCUGUGUUGGAUUCGCCGCUCCUGUCCGAGGCCAACGCCGAGAGAAUCGUCAACACGCUGUGUAAGGUGCGAGGGGCAGCGCUGAAGAUCGGGCAGAUGCUAAGCAUUCAGGAUAACAGCUUCAUUAAUCCACAACUGCAGAAGAUAUUUGAGAGGGUCAGACAAAGUGCAGACUUUAUGCCGGCCUGGCAAACAAAUAAAGUCCUGGAGGAGGAGUUGGGGGCUGACUGGAAGGACAGGCUGUUAUCAUUUCAGGACAAACCCUUUGCCGCUGCCUCCAUUGGUCAAGUGCAUCAUGGAGUUCUGCCUGAUGGAAGAGAAGUGGCUAUGAAAAUACAGUACCCGGGAGUGGCCGAGAGUAUCAAAAGCGACGUGAAUAACUUGAUGUCUGUGCUGAAGAUGAGCGUACCCCUUCCUGAGGGACUUUUUGCAGACAGCAGUCUCGAGGUCCUUCACAGAGAGCUUGCCUGGGAGUGUGACUACAGACGUGAGGCAAAGUGUGCCAAGCGCUUCAAGACUCUAAUGGAAGGAAACCCGAUCUUCAAAGUCCCAGAGGUCAUCGAUGAGCUCACCACAGGGCGUGUGAUCACAAUGGAGCUUAUCAAUGGAGUCCCUCUGGACAGCUGCGUGGAUCUGGAUCAGGAGAUCAGGAACAAGAUAUGCUUCAGCAUCUUGCAGUUGUGUCUCCGAGAACUCUUCGAGUUUCGCUUCAUGCAGACGGACCCCAACUGGUCCAACUUCUUCUACAAUGCGGAGGAGGACAAGAUUUACUUGUUAGACUUCGGUGCUUGCAGGGAAUACCCAAAGGCCUUCACUGAUGAUUACAUUGAGGUGGUGCACGCGGCCUCAGUCGGAGAUCGAGCCCGAGUUCUGCAGAAAUCCAAAGACUUGAAUUUUCUCACUGGCUACGAAACGAAGGCUUUCGCGGACGCUCACGUGGAAGCGGUGAUGAUCCUGGGAGAAGCGUUCGCCUCUUCGGACGCCUUCGACUUCAGCACCCAGAGCACAACACGUCGCAUCCACAACCUGCUCCCGGUGAUGCUGCGUCACAGGCUCACUCCUCCUCCCGAGGAGACGUACUCGCUGCACCGCAAGAUGGCCGGCUCCUUCCUCAUCUGCUCCAAGCUCAAGGCGCAGAUUCCCUGCCGAGAAAUGUUCCUCGACGUCUACGAAGCGUACAAACAUCAGCGUGGAGAAUAGACUCAGCCGAGACGCCUGUCUGGACGUCUGAGCAGAACUCGCCACAGGUCUGGACGUCUGAGCGGAGGUUUUCUGGAAUAUGAGAACUUUUUAUUUGUAUUUUUUUUUUUUUUAUUAAAUGAGUGUCAUGACUGAGGAGUUUAAUCACAAAUAAAAAGGAAACGUGUGUGUGUGUGUUUUCAUGUUUUCUUUGACAGACCUCACACACUUGGACAGGUGGAGAAUUGAAUUGUUACACUCCUUGCAGAAUUAAGUGAUGUGUUAUUAUUCAUAUCUACCUUUUGUAUUAUUGUUUUUUUUGUUUAAGUUUUUUUGACCUUUGUAACAUAAAGAAUCCAGUCAAAGUCCGAUUGGUGGGCUUGGAUAA